AGUUUUAAGGUCUCAGGAUGAGCCAUGCAAUAACCUUUUGCUCGGAGGAUAUAAUAUUAUGGGAUUUUGAGUGACUUCGAUGAGAAACAUGGCCAGUCAAGAUACAGGACAAAUAUUACAGUACUUUGCGGGAAUCAUCUUGUCAGUCCUGCUGAGUCAUGUGUGUGUUCUGGCAACAGUUGACAUCCCAGAAACAAGUUUUAAUUUACAGUUUGACUACAUAGAUGGGCAACUUCAUCACAGAAUGCCAAGAAGCACAGAACUGCAAGAGUUCAUUGUGGUGAUUGAAGUAAAUGCAUCUCAAGCUGUGGUGAUUGAACAGAUCAGAGCGUCACUGGCCUCCAUUUCGUUUCCUCUUCAAUUGGAUAACAAUACUGAGGUUACUGCUGCAAAUAUUACUACAGUGUGCCAGCCAAAUGUGACCGAAUACCAGUGUGUAUGUGAAGAUGGUUAUGCAUGGUCCUACAACAACUGUAAGACAUACGAGGCCUGUGAUGACAUCAUUGUCGGCUCAUGUGGAUGUAUUGGUGGUGUUCCGGGUGAUGGAGAGAUGUGUGUGCUGAAGAGCGAAUUACCCUUCACAGACUUCCUGUUUGAAAUUGAGAUGGAAUCGACAAGUAUCUCAGUGAUUGAUGAGAUGAGGCGAUAUCUGCAGAACACUGCAUUUCCACUGCAGUUGGAUGAAUUGGUUGAAGUAUUAAAUGUGGACAUCACAACAGUGUGCAAUUUCAGUGACGGUGGAUAUAAGUGCGUCUGUGAGGAUCAGUAUUUCUGGCCAUGUGAAAAGUGCAAAGAAUAUGGGAGCUGUGACAUCAUCAUUAACAACACAUGCAGCUGCAUCAGUGCUAUCCCAAGUGACAGACAGUUCUGUCAAACAGCCAACGAGAUUACAAAUACCACAGCAUGUGCACAACCACCAACAGUGACUCCAGUUUCGAUUGAAUAUAUAACUGAAAUCCAGAUAAAUGCUGGGAAUACUGCCGUCAUUGAUCAGCUGACAAACUAUCUGAUGAAUUUCAGUUUGCCCCACCCAAUCAGUGACAGCACUAACAUUACAGAAAUCAACAUUACUACUGGUAUGAUUUCUGUUUCUGCUUUGCGAUUAUGUUUUUAUAAAAUUAUACAUCAUGAGUACUCCCAUAAAUGAAGAUAUGUGAUGUUUGGACUCUUCUUCUG